CAGAGAGCAAGCAGUGAGGAUCUGAAGGAACAAGCAGACUCGCAAUUUCCAGAAGCCAUUACAGCGUACACUGAGGUGGAGGGAUGGAAAUGGCUACGGUUCAGGAAGAUUUGGCAAGCGAAUUCCAGUGCCCAGUGUGCUGCAAUUAUAUCCAGACUCCUAUACUACAGUGUCCUAACGGUCAUGUGAUUUGCACCAAUUGUCGUCUCAAGUUCACUUGUUGUCCAAUAUGCAGGGCACGUUUGGGAAACAGUCGGAACUUGUUAGUGGAGAAAAUUACAAGAACUCUUAAGCUUCCUUGCAACUAUUCAACAUCUGGCUGUGCAGUAGCCCUUCUACACACUGAGAGGAGGGCACAUGAAGAAACAUGUGAAUUCCGGCCAUGCCCCUGUCCGUUCCCAGAGGACGGUUGCAAAUGGCAAGGUUCCCUUGAGGACGUGGCACCUCACCUUAAGAAGUCUCAUAGAUUUAUCGGAGAUAUUGAAGAUAAGGUUUUUCAUUUAUCAAUAUCAGAGAUCAAUGAGCCAAGACCAGCGGUCUGGUUCCAUAUGCUGUCGCGUUUUGGCUACAAUUUUAUUGUGGUAUUUUGUAAACCAAACGCGGUUGAUGGGCGUGAACAAUAUUUUGUUACAAUACAACUGAUUGGGUCAAGGACACAAUCUGAAAACUUUACAUAUAGGUUGGAACUAAAAGGCCAAAGAAGACGUUUGUUAUGGGAAGCAACAACAAGAUCCAUCCAAGAAGGAGACUUCUCAACAAUCAUGAACUCUGACUGUCUGCUACUGAAUCUCUGCACUGUCAAAGAAUUUGCAGAUAACGGCAAGCUGAGCUUCGAUGUGUCAAUUUCUAUGGUCUGAGACUGGCAUACUUUGGAGUUGAUGAUCACUGCCAGAGUUUUAAUAGUAUUGCCUAUCGAUAACACUACGCAACAUGAGUUUUUUUUUUUGAUAUUAGCGUAUAGUUCUGGAAAAUACCCUCACGGAUUCUCAUAUCAAGCAAAGAUUUAAAACACUGAACAGAGGAGAAAACGUGAUCAGCUGGUGUUUGAG